AUGAUGGAAAAUAUUCGUGUAAAAAAGUCUCUAACAAAUAAUAUACAAAUAUCAACACCUAAGUCCCUUGAUGAUGUCGACAAUAAAAUCCCUCCUAGUUCUGGUAGCUCUGAUUUGAGUACUUUUCUGACCAUUGAAAAUUGCUUCAAUAUGGGUACUGUUAUUCUUCCUCUAGCUAUUGUAGAUGUGAUUGUACUUGCAGUGUCUGAGGUAACUACUUUUAUCUAUGUACUAAUCACUGUUCUGCUUAUUGUUAGUGCAGUAUUUUAUGUUCUCCAAAAGAAAGACUCCAACUUUAAUCCUUACCUCUGGAUAAAAGCACGAUUAUUCUCAGGUUGA